AUGGCUCAACAAGAUGAAGGUUUGAGCGAUGAAAACGUACACGUUAAAGAAUUAAAACGAUUAUUCAACUCAUGUAAUUCUGAUAGAAAUGGAUUACUGGAUAAAGACGGAUUGCUGAUACUCUGUGAAAAACUAAAUUUAUCCAUUUUCGCUGGUAGUAUCAUCGACCGAGUUCUUUGCAAUGACCAUUCCAUCAAUUUUAACCAAUUUAAAGACCGAUUUUUAUUAUUCCUACCGGAAAUCAUCGAUUUGGCGUCCGGAAACCAAGACGAACUGCUGAUUGCUGCAUACAAAUCCAGUUCUUCGCUUGGCAUUAAAGACACGCAACGACUGACACGUUAUGACGUCCACACAAUAUGCGAGUCAACUUCCGAGUUGGAUCUUCUUUCCCUUGGAGAUGUUAAUGGAAUAUUCGACAAAAUUGCAAUAUCCGGAAAAGUAUCGUUGAAUGAUUUUGUGUCACAGUACAGAGCUCGACAGAAAAUGUCUGAAGAAAUUCAUUUUAUUGCGGAUUCCUAUCGGAUAUCAAGCAUCAACUUGUUCGAGACUCUUGAUGUAAAUAACUCUGGGGAGGCAGAUCAUUCGGCCGUCAUUGAAUAUUUAACAACUUCCGGAUUGAAGCUCGAAGAAGCGAUCUCUUUGUUGAAGGAAUUCGGUCAACCAACUUCUGCAAUGAUUAGUCUUGUUGGGCUCGGCAACUACCUUGAGACCACUUUGUCCCAUUUGCUCAAUAACUCUUCAGUUUCCGCUAGAGCUGCAUUUUUCUGCAUGAAAUCAUUACUCGAGAAUUAUAGAUGUACAGUUAGAGAGUUCGAAAUGCGAUGCGAACACAUGCAAAAACAAAUACAUAUUGCCAAUCAACGACGAACAAUGCUCAUCGAAGAAUUAGAUCAGAACCAGCAAAGCAUUGAAGCGAGUUAUAAUAACCGAUUGAAAGAGAUGGAAGAAAGAUGUCGAGGCAGAAUUGCGGCGAUGGAAGAAAAGUUUCGGAUGGAGAGGCAGGAGAUGCAAAAGGAAAUCGAGGCCAUUGAGAAAGAUCUUUCAUUAGUUCGACAUAAUGAAACAUCGCUGAAAAACAAGCUGCAGCUGGUAGAAAGACAUAACAAGCGGAUAACAACAGAAUUGGAAGACCAGACAGAGGCGGUUAAUGUUUUAGAACAAGAAAAUAGGGAGCUACGAGCAGAAUUAAGGAAGAAACAGCAGUUUAGAGUGUCGGAGGAUAAUGCGAAGAUAAUGGCUUGGAAACAGAAAGUGGAGUUGAUGGUUGCACAUAACAAGAGGUUACGAGAAAAACUACGCGACAUUUCCAAAAACUCAAAAUGCGAUCUCUCCUCUGAGUCAUAUAUUCAAUGGACUCCGCCAUUUCGCAGUCAGCUACUUCUAAUUCGGAAACGUCGAGUGCAGAAAGGGGACACAUUAUCUGAAAUGGAUAGCGAACCUGAAUCAAUUUUCUACCGGCGGAGGAGGAAACGGUUACAUAAAAAACGGGAACGAAUGCGCAGAUAUGAGAAUAUUCAUAACAUACAAUCGGGUUCAAAUCGAAUAAACGAAGACGGAAACCUAACAGCAUUUAGUGAAAACAGUAGGAAGUCAUUAUUAUCACCAAGGAAUCGAGGGAUGCUCACAUCAUUGAAUGACAAUGAGCAGAACAUGUCAAGUGAUCGGUUACUCAUCAAUCGUGCAAAAAAUACGGACCGAACAAAGAAGUCCACAACCGCAUUUGACGAAUUACCACAUGUAAAUGACUACGAGGUGCAAAUAAAGAUGCUCAAUUCUUCUAUAGCUGCUCAAAAACAAAUGUACGAAGGGCAGAUACUGAAUCUGACCAGAAAACUAUCUCAGAUUCAAAAUGCGGAAGAAUCGUCAUCCCGGUUGUAUUCUCUUUUUGACAGAUACAGGUCAAACGACUCCGAUUCAAAAUCACCUCGACCCAUGGGCAUGGAGAAAAAUGGUUCAGCCAAUCGGAUGUCCUCGAAUGUAUGCGCUCGAUGUGUGAAAGUGGAACCAAAAGUCAACGAAUUGAACGUUAUUGUUGGAGGAUCUGUGAAAAACACUAUUGAAGAUCCAUUGCCAACAAUAAUGAAUCAUGAUCACCUCCAUACUGAAAUCGGCCGUUUAAAAGCUCGUCUAACAUCAGCCAGAUGCAAAGUAGCCGAAAUAGUUGCAGUCAUGGCCUUACCUCUAUCAACAUCGCGUCACCAUCUAAUGCCAUCCAGUGACUUCCAGUCAUCCAAGUCGCAACCAUUUUCUAUACGAAGCCAACGAUCAUUUGCCGAUCUUCGCGAACGAACGCCAUUAUCCGAAAAGUCUGAAUCAUCCCGUGAUCUUGUAAUCGACCCGUCCCAGUUUAACUCUUCAAGCAUUUUUACAAAACAACUCUGA